UCCUUUUUCCUAUUUUAUAAUCCUAAUCUGUCAAUUUCAUUCGCCAUUUGUUUCCUCUCUGAGGAUUUUAGCCCCAUCUGUCUGCCUGUUUUUCUUCGUUCGCGGGACAUCCAGUCAAUAAUACGAAAUACGCGACUCGAUCUGGUUACACUCCGGUAUGAGAACGACCGAUCUGACUUGCUGCGGUCAGCCUUGUUCCCACAUCUCAAAGGCGCCACUCAACGAAUGGCACCCCUCCCGAGUUCCCCAUCAAUCAAGAUCAAUUUCUACUCCUACCACCACACAUACACACACACAAAGACCAGUGGCAUUUGAGGUAUUCCGUACGCCCCAUCAGAUUCAGGUUUGCUUCAUUUCUUUUUUGACUUUUUUGUUUUUCCUGUUUCAAUUUUGCUUUUCUUUCUCUCUUCGGGAUGACGAAAGUUUGGCAGUUUGCGAGUUGAUGCUGUCAGUAACCGUCCAAUCCUAUCCAUCCCUCCCCGGCCCGGUUCGAAUAAACUUGAGACAGCCUAACGGUGUCCGGUCGAUUAAUUUAUUACUCACCCUUCCCAUGCGGAUGAUGAUGAUGAUGAUUCUGCUGCUGAUGAUGCUGCUGAAAGGAAAGUAAUGACGGUGUAACCCCAGCUCUUGGGCUGGAAAGCGGCCGAUCAAUCAUCAUUGGCACUCUGGUGGGCUCCUGAUCCUGCCGCUUCCCGGCGACUAGCUUCCUGCAUCAUGCUUCC